UGGAUAAAAAUUAAAUUUUGUGUUCACUGUUCACUUCUUUGAAAGUGAACUAGUAUUUUGCUGGUGAGUCAAAUAUCGAAUUAUUUACGACAAAGUGAAGAGAAAUUGAAUAUUGUUAAUAAUCAAAUAAAUAAUCUUCUGUACAUAUUUCUGAACGCAAUGUGUGUAUUAAAUCUGUAUCCGUCCUGUUCGACGUCCUCGGUACAGAAAGAAAACCGUCGUUUUCCAUUUGUGUCGCUACGUUAUAACCAGUAUCGUCGCCUUCCAUUACAGUGUCUGCGCCAUGACCGGUACCGUCGGCUUCCAAUAUAGCGUCUGCGCUAUAGCCGGUACUGUCGCCUUCCAUUAUAGCGUCCGUAUUAACAGCUACGCUAAAGAGAAAAUUUAUCAUUGCGGUUGGAAAAACUUGGAGAUACGCUCAUCUUUUUAUCGAAUGUUUCUCACAAAAGAACUUGCGUAAAAUUGCAACUAUUCCGUUCCACAUCGUAAUAUCGAUCGAUUCAUCGAUACUUACAAAUCGAUUAUUCGUCUACGAACUAGUUAACAGUUCACCGCAUUUUACUUUUAGCGAAAUAUCGAAAUAUCGUAUUUCCUCUGCGAAGAUCCCGUUUGGAUCGGUAUAGAAUAGAGAAAACAAAUUCUUGGAAAUAAAAGUGAUGGGCGAAGUGUUGAAAGAUUGGUUUAGAAAGAGAUUAGGAGUGUUGAUAGAUCUAACGCCGGAAUUGUUUGGAAAUUACACGAGGGACGGUAAUCUGUUGGCCGAAAUUCUUCACACUUACGGGAUCAUCAAUUACGAUCAAUUGAAUACGAUCAUUCGGACGAAGGAUCCUGCUCUAUGUAGAGUAAACUUGAAACAUUUGCGCGUUUGGUUACAUUUCAUCGGAGUCGACUGUACCGACGAAUGUAUCAACGAUAUCAGCUGUGGCAAGGGCACCACGAGUCUACAAUUAUUCUACAAAGUAUAUCUCUGCUUAGAGGGCAAGGACAGUUUGUACUUUAUCACGUUGCAAAAAGAACGAGAAAAGUACAUUCCUACCUCAAGUAAAUUCGACAUGAUAUCCAUCGAAGAAAAACCUCCUCCGUACAAGCCACUCGACCAUCCUCUCUCGAAGCCUCUAAAAGAAGCUACCAGCACGAUAAAAUGGCAUCGUAACAAGUUCCAAGACGUAUUAAGAUCUUGUAGAAGAGAGAUGAAGAAGCUAGAGAGCUUGAAGAAGAAACCAUCGAAGGAGAUCGAUAUCGACAAACCUGUCCUUCCGAAAGUAUUUUGCGACACGAUGAAGGGAGACGAUUUUUUGAAAGAGAUGGACGAUUUUGCUCAGAAGCAUCGCAUCAAAUCAACCAAACCUGUAACGUAUGAUCCUUGCCUGUCCGAUAAGGAGUUCGACGAAAUCGAGGCAACCGCCGAGGAUCCCGAGGCUGCAAAGGCUUACGUAACGUGGUUGAAAAAUCGCAAAAGAAAAGAGAACGUCGAGAAUGCCGUGAAAUCAAGAAUGCAGAGUAUGCUGCUCUCCGAACUUUGGAAAGCGUUGUCGGACAAGCAAGAGACGAUUUUCGACGAGGUACUCGCUCGUCGGGCGUUGGACCAUAGCCACUACGAGAAGCAAAUGAUAACUAAAUUGUUGGAGAUACGUAAUCACAAAAAUAUCAUAACCGAGAACAGAAAGAUCGUGCAAGAGUUGAUAAUGGAUGCCAAGGAGAACAAAAUCCGAACGGAAAAGGUACGGACGCGAGAGGAACUCGAUUGGGAAUGGGAAGACCUUGACAACGAGUUUCAGAGAUUGUUCGAACUACAUCGGAGGAUUCUUAAGGAGAAAUUUAAAAAAUUACGCGAGAAACACGAACGCAUCUGUCGGGAAACCGUUCAAGAUCUGGUCGACGUCGCGUUGAAGGUAGCCGAAUUUCGAAGCUCCAACGAAGGUUACGUGCCGAAGGUCAUUUGGAAGGAGUGGAAGACGUUGUUCAUAAAAUGUCAGCCCAUAUUCGAAAUUUUCGAGGACGAAUUUCCCAAAGGCGAACAGGAUGAGAGGGAGGAGGAGAUCGAAGAAAUUAUUCGUUCGCGAAUAGACAGGGAAGAGGCUUUGAACGAGGCUAAUUUCGAGAGUUAUCACAAGUUGCAAUCACCUUGGGACGACUACGUACCUACGAUAGAACCCGAGGUCGAAGAGAUCUUGAAGUUGGGCGAACUCGUCUUGGGAUACAUCGUUCAUCGGCUCUUAGAGUUCGUUUAUCCGUACCCGAUUGGCCCUUUGGAAGCUCCGAUACCCGAGGUCAAGACCGCCGCCAUAAUUUUGGGUGUCGUGGAGAAACGUUUGUACAAUCCCAUUCGGAUGUUAUUGAACAAGAGCGGGAUUCGUUUGAUAUCGAUGGAGGAUGCCAUUAACUACUGCUUGCUGCAGUACAAGGAGGAGAUGUUGGACGUGAGAUACAUCGACGCGAACAUCCUUCGAGCUACCGAGGACAUUUUGAGGGAAUCGACCGUCUCGAAACGCAAGUCCGAGGAUUCGAGGAAGACCACGCAUACGGCUCGAUCGAGAAAAACGCUUCGGUCGCCGAAGCCUAAAGAGGAAAACGAGAAAGGAAAGGAAGGUUUGGAAGAGAAGGAGACUCAGACGCCACGAGUGAUACCUUACGACGACGUCGAUCCUAUCUUGAGCAAUGCCGCCUUCGUUGGAAAAUGGACCUACGAAUUUCUCACCCUUGGUCAGCCAAUUUCGAACGAGCUGAGCACGCGGAUACUCUUGGAGUAUCUCAAGAGUCUCAGCGAGGUCAAAGGAUGGGCGUUGAUCGAUUAUCCAAACAGUUACGAUCAGAUGGCUCGUUUGGAAUUCGCUUUAACAGGUCGUAAAAUUCCACCGGAUCCCACUACCGUGAACUUCGAUAACGUUAACAUCGAGGAGAUCGAUCCGAUUUUACCGAGGAUAGUUUACGAGGAUACCGAAAUCGACGAAUACGCUAUAUACAGGCAGUCGAAACUUUUGCCAAAUCCGAUCGAGAAGAAAGAGGCAUGCACCUCGACGUCGACCUUUGUGACGGCUUACGUCAGAGCGAUACCAAAGCCGAAGAAUCUCGACGUAGACCCGAACAAGCUGGUGGAAGUCUUGUCCGAGCACGCGACCGCUCUUGACGAGUUUUACGCCGAUCGGAGCGUCGCGUACGUCGUCUAUUACGAUUACUUCGACAUCCAGACCAUGAAGAAAAUUGCGAGGCUCGUGAUCGGGGAAAAAUCGAUGCCGAGGAUACCUUCCGUGGAGCUCUUCGGGAACAUUGUCACGUCGUUGGAGGAAGAUAAAGAUUGGGAAAGCAAGAUAUUCCUCAAGAAGAAGUCGGUGGCUAGGCAGCUUCUAUCCCAGUCGACGAUCGGCUCGAAGGAGACGGAGGACGAAGAAGAGAAGGGGGAAAUGGAAACGGACGACGGAUCCAAAGAGGACGACGUCGAUGCUCCUCGAGCACCGAAACCCGGAGAGGACGGAUGGCAAUGGAUAGAUUUUCCACAGAGUCCGAUAUUGCUCGACGCCCUGGCUACUCUUUGGGAAAACGUGGAAGAGAUUUACAUCGUCGAUCUGAUAGAAAUUUUCUCUUUAAGGAGAACGCACUCCUCGGCUAUCGUACCGUACAAGGAUUUCGUAAUGAGAAACCUCAAGAAAUUUAUCGAGAGACCCGACACCAAGCAGAAUCUCUUGGAAAAUUUUCAACGUUCGUUCAAUGAUAUAAGCCAGGACAUCAGGGACGACGAGGAAGUUAAAUGCGAAUUGCACUGUCGUCUAACCGACUUCCAAACUCAUCUCUGGGAUAUAUGUGAUUCGAAGAGGUCGGAGGCCGAAGAGGAACGUCAGAAAAUCAUUCAAGAACGUUGGGUCGACGUCGAGGCCGUGAUUCUCGUCAACAUAUACAUAUCGAUUCUUCAGGCGGAGAUCGAUCGAUCCGUCGAUACUCUUCAAAUCGUUCAAGAUUAUUACACGAGCAUGCUUCAAAAGCCGAUUCGAGAAUCGAGAUUAUCGAAAAUUCUACUCGACAGGCUGAAGAUGCACGCGGAGAUAGCGCAGAAGGAUGAGCUAACCGACGUCCCGAGUAACGCGUUUCAUCCUCACAAAGAGAGAGAUAAAAAGAAUAAAAAGGAAUCGAGAACGGGCUCCGAGAGAUUCGAUCGUGCCAAGCCCGUCAUGGAUCCGAACGAUUUCACUCGCGAGAUCACGAAUUUAUUCGUCAACGUCGAGGACGCGACAGAUUUCGAUCCAACCGAGAACGCCGUUUACAAAGCGAUCUUCGACAACGUUAAUUACGUUAAACAUUUUUUAGAAUUCAACGCAACGAUCGUCAAUGACGCGUUGAAGAGGGAAGAGAAUAUGUUGGUCGGCGAAAGAACGUGGAGAAAGAGCGAACUUUCGGCGGACACUAUCGUUGGGAGAUUGACGAGCAGAGGUCAGGAUCUUUUUCAAGAAUGGCGAUACGCUACUCUCUUCGAGAUCAAUCGAAUGAGGUUCAGGUUGAAGGUAAUCUUGGCCGCCGCCGAAGCUGACGUUACUUUUCUCCUCGACACGAUGAGAUUCGUCUUUCAUCGGAUCUACGAACGAAUAGUCGACAGAUACAGGAAAGAGAAGAACAGCGUGGACGAUAUGAUAAAAGUCUUUUGUUUCGCCAUCGAAGAGGAGAAACCGAUUCAAGAGGAACUAGUUUUAGACGGUGAAAAUUUCUACGUGAGCCCCAACGUUUUGAUGUUCCCAACGAAACCCGAGCCAACGCCGACAUUAACGAGGGAGACCGUGAAACCCUCUCUAUUCACGAUCUCUCAGUUGGGUCGCCUUAUGAACGUCUUUAGAAUAAUCGCACCGAGCGGGACGUUGCCCGAACGAUCUCUCGUCUACGUUCUUCAAGACAUGAUAUCUUACAACAAGGAGGAAGAAGACGGUUUUGGAUCGAUGCUGGUUCCCACGUGUUGGCAACUCUUACGUUCUUGCGACGUAUCGAAACUCGUGGAGAAUAUCUUCGGUCGUUGCGAGUACGUCGAUUGGCGCGAAUUCCUCAUCUACGCAAUGGACCUUCCUACGGCAACUCAGGAAGAUAUUCUAUCUGCUCGCAAUAGAUUUAGAACGUUAGAUUCGGAAUUGCAAGAGACCGUGACGAAAGAUCAAUAUCGUUUCGUACCAUUGUGGUUCUUCAAGUAUACCGACGAUAUUUCAUCGGACGUCGAACACAUCCUAUUCGAUGACUUUCAAAGAACGUUCGAAGAGUUAUUCGCAGAAGAGAAGGAUUUCGUUAAUCCUGAGAAAUUGUUGGGUACUAUUAUCCCGGAAAAGGCAAUGGAUUACGUGCGUUCCUUGAGAAUUAACAGGGGAAUCAAUGACGAUGUUCUAUUAGAGGACGAGGAGGAGAAGAUAAUGGUCCAGAGGGAUGCCGAGGAGGCUUUGAGACUCAUGUUGGCGAAAGAGUUGCUUUGUCAGAUGUAUUUGAUCGAUCGAUACUCGGUCAAUUAUACCGCUUUGCUCUUGGCCUUUUGCAAGGACGAGGAUCCUCGCGUGGGACUUGGAAAGGCACUCUCGUUAGCUAUCGGAACCGAAGUGUGCACGGACUUCGAGGAGGGAGAGAAGUACGUCGAGAAGAUACUCGAAGAGAAACGAUAUAUCGCCCAAUUGGAAUCUACGAGACAGCUUUUGCGCGAAGAAGCGAUUCAGGUAGCGAAAGAGAUAACGAAUUUCCUCGUUGAAAGUGCUGUAGCAGGCGUGACAAUAACGGAAGAAACAAACGAAUACACGUUACCGCGUCGACUGAUAAUCCAGAAGAUCGAUGGAUCCGGCGAGAUCGAUAUCUCGGAGUUACUUCACGGUAUACCGAAUAUGGAGCAAAUCUUCGAUUCGACAGUCGACAAAAGCAACGAUCUUCGAACUUCUUCCAGUAUAAUAACGUUGGAGAGUUAUCAGGAAUUUGAAGAACGAAUCGAAAGAGGGCCGGUUUAUUGGCUACCGUUCCAUGUUUGCAUGGCAGUUUUAUCGGCUACCUUACCGUGGCACGCUUCCCAACCUGAUCUCUUUCAAACGAAGAAAUCUCUUCGUCAAUUACUGCGUGACGUUUACGACGAUCUUUACGACGAAGAACUCUCAAACGACAAAGACUUGGUUUUGUCGCAUCGUUUCUUGAAUCAUGACUUCGUCACGGAAUUGUUGGAAAGUACGAGCAAGUUCGUUGUUAAACAUCUCGGUAAUCUGCUUUCUGAAAUAAUAACGGAGGAACGGGAAAGGAAUCUUUGACUCCUCGUAAACUCAUUAUUGUUAUUUCUCGUUUCUUUUUCCUUUCAUUUCUUUUUCUCUCUUCUUUUCUUUUUUUUUUUUUGCUCCUUUACCUAUUGUAAAUAAAUUCGAAGAACAUUAAUACGAUUCGAUGUAUCUACAUAUCGUUCUUUUUAACAGAAUUUAUUCUUCUAUUACAUCACGCGCAUAAAAUUGAGAUGAGAAAAGGCAAGAACUUACGUACACGAGGAUGUAUACAUACUUUCUACGUUCAAAUUACGAACCGAACACAAUCUACUUCUUUCUCUACUUCUUCUUCUUCUACUUUUUUCUUUUCCUUUUUUUUUGUUGAUAUUUGCGAAAUAAAUAGGAGGAACAGAAAUUCGCCAAUGGCGAUCAUUAGAAUCGACGAUGAUCCUCGUGUUCGUCUCUUGCGUAUUUUUUUUUCUUUUUCUUUUUUUUUCUUUAUAAUAUUACUCGUUUUUAAUAAAUUGUAUUUUAAUAAUAAAUUGGCGAUGUGAACGACGAUACGUUUUUCUGUUCAUACGUGGUAUGUAACUGCGUUUACGUUAAAUACGUCUUGUCUCGUAUAUCUCAAAGAAUUGCUUACGUUUAUAUAAAUACUUAGCAAUUUAACUUACAUCGUAUUUGGAUUUAAUCGCUAUUUCGUUUUUGCUGAUCGAUAUUAGUUUUCACGCGUUUGAUGAAAAGCCGCAAGAGCUGAUGAGCGUACGAUCGAAUCGAAAGUUUCGUUCUCAUUAGAAUUAAACGCAACAAAUAUUUUCUAAUAUUUUUCGUAUUUAUACAUAUAUACAUUAAUAAUCUAUAUAAAUAAAAUAAAGAGAGAGAUUGUAUAUACGUAUUUCGUAUAAUGUAUAUAUAUAUACAAUCUCAUAACAAUAAACAAUAACAUAAAAGACAAGAGAAAAAGAGAGAUAGGAAAAUAAACGUCCCUAAAUACAAAAAUAAAUUCUACAUCAAUCUGUCAAAGAUUUUUUCUUUUUCUUUUUUUCUUUUUUCCCUUUUUUUUUUUUUUUUUAUUUCGAUCCAAAGAGAUCUACGGUAUUUCAGCUCUCGCGAAGGAUAUCAGUUUGUGUCGAUAAAUUUUUAUAGAUAUUGUGUUUCUUUUACUUCAUGGUCUAGACAAGUUCGAGAUGAUACACGCCGAAUAAGAAGAAUGCACUUUAACAAUUAGCUGCACGCGAAUGACUUAAUGUUCAUUAAUUAAUGUCUUUUACACAUACUUACAUACGCGCCCGCGCUCUACCUCUCUCAUACCAUAGCUCUCCUCUUCCUUCCUCCUUUUUUUUCUUCAUAAUUAUAUUUACGCGUUUGCUAUUAUAUCUUAUAAUAUAUACGUACGUAUAUAUUACUUGUAAAUUCACGCGAUGAAUUUUUGCCUCUCGAUCGCGUUGCGUGUGAAUCAUGGAAAAUGGAAGCGUCGAUGAUCCAAAAGGAAGCUUUUCUUCAUUCCUUUUCAUUAUUUUCUUUCUUUCUAUUCUUCUCUACCCUCUACCUCUUUUUAUUUUUUAAUCUCAUUUGAUAUUAUAUUUCAUUGAUAUCUCGUGCAAACGAGCGACACGACGUAAACCGAACGUCCACGGUAUCGGUGGACACUGCAUUCGCGAGUUUACAAAACUUUUUUAUAUAACAAAAUAGAAGUGUGUGUGUCUGUGUAUAUAUAUAUAUAUAAUAAUAUAACGAUUAAUUAUAAGCUAAGUAAAUUCUUUUUCCAAGCGUAUCCUAAAGUUAUUUAAACGUAUAGCUUAAUUAAGUAGACAGACGACGUUCCGCGGCUGGAAAAAGUUGUUUCUUCUUUUUUGUGUGUUCUUGUCUUUGUGUGUGUGUGUGUGUGGUAUUAUCUUCUGUUAUUUUCUUGUUUUUUUUUGUCUUGUUUUUUCAAUCUAAUGAGGAAGAUUCGGAAUGAGGUCCAGAGAUAACGUGAACGACUUCUUGUUUUAUUUAAUUCUAAGAAAUUUUUUGUCCGACCGAAUCACCGUCGUUCAAGCACUCUUUAAUAAAAAUUUCAUGCACACACACUCUCUCUCUCUCUCUCUCUCUCUCUCUCUCUCUCUCUCUUCCUCGAUACUCAUUCUUCUUUCUUAGAUUCACUUUCACUCUCUCCUUUGGCACGUCAACUCUUUCGUUACAUCUUUAAUCGCACUCGCUAUCCUAUCGUUGCAAUAAAAAAAUAUGAGGAAUAAAAAUAUAUCACGCAAUGACGUUUCCCCUUCGUCGCCACCCUUCACGGUGCUACGAUUUAUAAGGGAAACCAAUAGUAAUAGACGCGAGUUAUCUAAACGCGCACGCCGGAUACAAUCGAAAACAACAACAACAACAGUGCGGAAGUUCGUUUUCGUAUUACGAAACAUACCGAUCGAAGUCUUCGCUCUCUUCUUCAUCUUGUUCAUUCUCUCUCUUUUUCUUUAGAGAACGUUCAAAAGAAAAAAAAAAGAAAGAAAA